AUGGAUCGCUAUUCUGCCAACCCCGCCAUGGGAAUGCAGCGAUUGCCACCUCCGCAAGGUCUACUCGCCGGAGCGCCCAGCGGACCAGACACUUUCCGGCCAUCCCCUCAGGAUCCUCAUUCAUAUUUUCACUCUCAGCCUUAUCCUCACAACAGCGCCGGCCCUGCAAUCUCGUCACCUCUAAUGUCUCCCUCACACAUGCCAUUUGCCGGCGCCAUCCCUCCUCAGCCCUAUCCUGCCCGCCAUAUGACCGGGCAAGGCCAACCACCUCAGAUAUAUCCACCUGGGAGGCCGGAUAACACUAUUGAUACGCGAUUGCCACAGUUUCCCCCGAGCAUGAACCACAUGAACCGCCAAACGCCACCACCACGACCAUACCAACACCCCGAGGCCGGCGGCCCACCGCUUUAUGUUGCGAGACACGAGCAGGAUACUCCCAUGGCAGAGUCGCCGUAUGAGCCAGAGAUGGCAAGGCCUGCAGGUCGAUUGCCAUCUCACGCUUCAGAGAUUUCAGUGCCCCCAGCGGCUCGAGUUCCAAAUCUACUGGGUGCUAAUAGGGCUCAAUUCUUGAGCGACAUCAGCUUCGAGCUCAAGAUGCGCCAACAGCCAAACGCGGCACGAGCUUGUGGGUUUGGCGAUAGAGAUCGAAGAGUCAUUGAUCCGCCUCCGAUUGUGGAGCUCGUGGUUAGAAACCCGAAUUUCACGCAGGAGGAAAUCAGAGUCUACCUGAGGUACGAGAGCUAUGUCAUGAGCUGUGCCAUAUUCGACGAAUCAGGGGAGCGGGAUUCUUCCUACAUGCCAGAAGAGUAUCAGCAUCAACGACGUCUGAUGGGCUCUCUGGUCUCAACGCCAUUCGUGGGACAGGACGAGAACGGGCAGGAGGGCUGCUUCUUUUGCUUCUCCGAUCUUUCAUGUCGCACUCCAGGCUCGUUUCGAUUAAAAUUUACGUUAAUGAUGAUAGACCCAAGCCGGGCCGGGGCUGUUAAGCACUUUCCCAUUCUAGCGGAGAUCAAGAGCGAGCCCUUCAAGGUUUACAGCGCCAAAGAAUUUCCUGGCAUGGUGGCCAGCAGCAGUCUAGCCAAGCGUCUGAAAGAGCAGGGAUGUAUAAUUUCAAUCAAGAAGGGAAACGACAGAGGACGAGGCUCUAGAAUAAACGACGAUGGCUCCGACAACGAUGACGAUGACGAUGGAGAUGCAUCGCAAGGCCCAAGGAGAAGACGGCCGACGCGAAACUAA